GUUAAUUUCUCAUACGAUUUGCUGCAACGCUGCAAACGCGAACUAGAUCUAGGUGGCGCAACCUGUUUACGUUUUUUAGAGUACAGUGUGUGAAAAAUGGUGUGAAGUUACGAGUCUGAUGUGGACUUGAAAAUUACGCAGUAAAUCGUUGCGUGUUCUCAACCCAUCCAUCACAAGUUUAUCGUUCGAUGUGAGAUGUUCUAAGUCGUCACCUGUACGUCAGCUUCGUUCUGCGUUGUGUUUUAUCUGCUGCUGAUCACUUCGCAUGGUGCGGUGAAAAUGCAUUUCUACAAGGACAAAAUCCUGUCAGAUGGCCAGUUAAAGCGACUAAGCGAACAUAAAUACAAUUCGGAAAGCAAAAGUCUGCUCGAUGCCUUCCUACAACCAUACUGGAAUUGGCUCGUCCGACAAGUGCCGAUAUGGCUGGCCCCGAAUCUCAUAACCCUGUCUGGUCUCAUUAUCAACAUAGUGACAACAUUGAUUCUCAUCUACUACAGUGCGGACGCUAAAUCUGACGCACCAAGAUGGGCAUUCUUUUUAUGUGGUGUAGGCUUGUUUGCGUAUCAGAGUUUGGAUGCUAUUGAUGGAAAACAAGCAAGACGGACUGGCACGUCGAGUCCUCUUGGAGAACUUUUUGACCAUGGUUGUGAUUCAAUUUCAACAGUAUUUGUUGCGGCAUCUGCUUGCAUCGCUGUGCAACUGGGUCACUAUCCAACCUGGAUGUUCUUUCAAUGUUUCUGUGCUAUGACCCUUUUUUACUGUGCACAUUGGCAAACUUAUGUGUCUGGUACCCUGAGAUUUGGCAAACUUGAUGUGACUGAGGCGCAAGCCACCAUAAUGCUCAUUCAUCUUAUUUCUACAAUUUUUGGUCCAAGCAUAUGGAUGACAAAGAUACCCCCUCUAGAAUAUUUUGAAUUGCGCUAUGUGAUAGGUAUGUUUACCCUGUUUGGUGCCUCAUUGAAUUUAUACAACAUGUUCCUAGUCAUCAUAUCUGGAGGAGGAGGAAAAAAUGGAUCAACCAUAGCUGUCCCUGUGGCCACCGUAAGCCUCAACGUCAUAGCAAGCAUCGGAUGUCUCACGGGAUAUUUGAGAAAUUUUUUCCAGUUUUGCCAAGUCUUUGAGUCGGGGGGAGUUGGUAAAAAUGGCUCAUCGGUUGCAGGUACCAGCGUGCUCUCCCCCAUUAUUCCAUUUGGACUUGUGGUGGUUCCAGCUUACAUCAUUUAUCGAAAAAGUGUUCAAGCUGUUUAUGAAAACAAUCCUGUUCUUUAUAUCAUGGCCUUUGGCAUGGUAGCUGCCAAAGUAACUAAUCGACUUGUUGUUGCACAUAUGACCAAAAAUGAAAUGGAGUAUUUUGAUUCGGCCCUUAUAGGCCCUCUGAUGCUCUUCCUUAAUCAGUACUUCAACUUCUAUAUUUCUGAGUACAUAGUUUUGUGGAUGUGCCUAAUUUGGGUGCUUUUUGAUCUCAUGCGCUACUGUUCAGCAGUUUGUCUAGAGAUCUGCAAUUAUUUGCGGAUUCAGCUCUUUAGAAUACCUGUUGGUGGAGGCCCAGUUCCAGUCAUUCAAAGUGGGCAGGUUCCCACCUCAGACAAGAAUGGUGCCGCAUCGGCUCAAGGGCUGACGCGGACGUCGGUGUCGUCGGGGUCCUCCCUGUUGUCGGGGACUUCCCGGCUACUGUCGCGGCAGGGCCAGGGCGGCCAUAGCGGCAUCGGCGGCCAGGCCGCGUCGCGGGGGUCUAGCGAGAGCCUUGUGGACCUGCGCACUGAGCGGUGAGGCAGAUUUGAGGCAGCCCCGCAGCAGAGUGAGACAGAAUGAGGCAGCGCCUAGACAGCGCCGGACUCUUGGCCACCCUGUCGAAGACUACCGUUUUGCUAUCGUCCGCUUCUCAUUCCUCCAGAUCAGCGGGCGUACUUAGUCGAGAACUCGCUGUUUAUUUUACCAUUUACUUCAUGGCGUUCCAGUUUAUCGCUUUGUCGAAUUCCAUUUUCUAGUGACGUUUAUGUAAUAUAUUUUCGUAAUGUGAAGUUGUUGUUUUUUUAAAUGGCUGCUUCAGCGCACCCUUUUGUAAUAUACUUAAUCCUUCUUUUUUAUACUUUGUUGAUGUUGAUGUGUGAGGCUGUUGGAAGGUUUUGUUAGUUGAGUUCCUUGUUAGACGCCAAUGAUAACAUUAUUCCCCGGCCGGUGGAUUGCCGGGUAUUGCCGGGGCUGGGCAAGCGCGCUGUAAAUCGCGAAUAAUGGAUAUUAAUAGUUUUACUUACUAGUAAGCGUUUUGUGUCUCGUUGUAAGUAUGUUCGUGUAUUGAAUCGCAUGAUGUAAGUGAGUGCAUGGAUUGAAUUGAUGAUCCUCCACGAUCCUCGCUGGCUUGAUUGCAUGACCAGGAGUAGCAUGUUCAAGUGUCAACAUAUUUAUUUCUUAGUGAUAACAUACUGUAAUACUGUUAUACACCGUGUGUAAGCUGUACGCUAUAUAUUUGCAACUGUGAUUUCAUUAACCGAAAGUGCUGACGACGCCGGCGCAAGCACGGCUCCAGCAGAAAUUGAUAUUAAUUAACUGUGGGUAAUUUGUGAGCCUAGCCUCAUGAAUUUGUCCCAUUGAUUGCAUAAUAGGAGUCCAAUAAAACAACAAUUUUAUUUGGAAA